GAUGUUACAUAUUAUACAGAUCACAUUGUAAUCGAGAAAAUUAACAAGAACACAAUGAAGUUGCUGAAGUUUAUAUUUUGUGCAGUUUUUCUUCAGGUCACAACGGGGCAAGUAUUCGCACCGGGAAAUUCUGUUUCCGGCCAAGAUACCGGCAACCAGCCAAUACUAACCCAACGCUUAGCCGAUGCCAAUGCCCACACCAUACGAGCUUUACCCAACCAUGCCAUACAAAGAGCUGGUAACCUUAAUGUUGUGAAUGGUGUGCCAUUUUUAGCUAAUAACAUGCCAAAUGCACAUCUAGCCAAGAAUAUGCCCAGUGCUAAUAUGGCGCAUGUAAUGCCCAAUGCUCAUAUGUCCAAUAAUAUGCCCAAUGGAUAUCUAGCCAACGUAUUAAACGAUCAAGCAGUACUCGGUAACCAUAAUACUGGUGGAGUAAUUAACAAUGCAGAUAUGGCAGCGUUGACAAAAAUGGCAAACAUAAAUGGCAAUACCGCUACCUUUAAUCUUGCUAAUGGAGGUUUUACUGUUACCUCAGGAUCGCCUGGUAGCCCGGGAUUCGGAAUCCAAGUCUUGGCAGAUGCGUUGGAAGUCGGUGGAAUGGUGGCUGUCAAUGGACAAAUACCAAUAUAUGGUGCUGUUACCGUGAAUGGUCAUUUGCCAACGGAUGGGUCUGCAUCUGUCAGAUAUACAUGCGCCGGGUCGAGUGCCAAUGACGGAGUGUUAAUUUAAUAUAUAUUUUUAGAUUAAUAAAUAGAUUAUUUAUUUAUUUAUAUUGA